AAAAUGCAGUUAAAACUUCUUGGUGUGGUCUUAGUGCUGUGUUUCAUACAUUUCACUUAUGUGUAUGGAUUGAAGGCCAAUGAUACGGGGGUGUGCGCCGUGACCAGAAGUGUAAAGAAAACGCAAAGACGUGUGUACAUCGUGAAAUAUAAAUGCGGCAGGAAAAUAUGCACCACCAGGAGAAGUAAAAUAAAGGAUUACAUAGUUACGCAGAACGAUAUAUUAUGCUGUACGGGUUAUACGUAUUCAAGCACUUUGGACGCCUGCUCACCUCUGUGUAGCAGGGGCUGCUUAGGCGGUAAAUGUACCGCCCCAGAUGUAUGCACAUGUGAGCCCCCAGCUACGUUGGACCAGGAAAACAAAAACGCAUGCUACCUACCCACAUGUCAACCCCAAUGCAUCAACGGUCUGUGUACUGCGAAUAACACAUGCACAUGUUCACAUGGCUACGAAAAUGUUGACAAUACAUGCCAACCAAAAUGUGAUUCUUGUACAAAUGGUCAAUGCAUAUCUCCGAAUAAUUGCGAAUGUAAUGAAGGCUAUAUAAAGAAGAAUGACUUAUGUUCCCUUCCAAUCUGUCAACCUCCAUGUAUUAAUGGAACAUGCACGGUGAACAACUCGUGUACAUGUUCACGUGGCUACGAAAAUGUUGGCAAUACAUGCCAACCAAAAUGUGAUUCUUGUACAAAUGGUCAAUGUAUAUCUCCGAAUAAUUGCAAAUGUAAUGAAGGAUAUAUAAAGAACAAUGGCUUAUGUUCCCUUCCUAUCUGUCAACCUCCAUGCAUUAAUGGAAUAUGUACGGUGAACAACACGUGUAAAUGUUCACUUGGCUACGAACAGGUUGAUAAUACAUGCCAACCAAAAUGUGAUUCUUGUACAAAUGGCCAGUGCAUAUCUCCGAAUCAUUGCAAAUGUAAUAAAGGCUAUAUAAAGAAGAAUGGCUUAUGUUCCCUGCCUAUAUGUCAACCUCCAUGUAUUAAUGGAAUAUGUACGGCGAACAACACGUGUACAUGUUCACGUGGCUACGAAAAUGUUGACAAUACAUGCCAACCAAAAUGUAAUAAUUGUGAAAAUGGCAACUGCAGUGCCCCAAAUAACUGCAAUUGUUUAAAAGGCUAUGCCAAAAGUGAUGGUGUUUGUAAACCGUUGUGUGUGAAUGACGUAAAUCUGACGUCAAAUAAGUGUAAAUGUGUUAUCGGGUAUAAAAAUGACAGUGAUGGUUGUUAUAAGCCGUGUCGUGAAGACUGCGUAGUUUGUGAUGUUAGCGGAAACUGUACAUCCAAAAAUAAUUGCGGAAUUACUUUUCAGGUUGUAUGCUGCGAUGGAUAUUAUUGGGAUGAAGUUACCAUGUUAUGUAAGCCGUCGUGUAGACCCGGCUGUGGAAUAAACGGAGUGUGUGUCGGUAUCAACAAAUGCAAAUGUAUAUCCCCUUACGUGUGGAGAGAAAGAACUUGCCUUCCACCCAUUACAUGUGAUACUCCAUGUACAAACGGGAAAUGUAAGGAUAAUACAUGUACAUGUGACGUAGGCUACGUACCCAAAAACGCAACGUAUUGUGAGCCGGAAUGUCGAAAAUCCUGCAUUAACAGCUUUUGCGCAGCUCCUGAUAGAUGCAGUUGCUUGCGUGGGUACACACAAAAGAACCAAUGGGAGUGCGCACCCUAUUGCGAUAAAUGCGAUAACGGUGAAUGCACUGGACCAAACAUUUGUAAAUGCAACGAAGGUUAUUUUAGGCAAGGUGACAAAUGCGUUCCAAUCUGCAAAGGAAACUGCUCCCAUGGCCAUUGUUCGCAACCUGGUGAGUGUACAUGCGAUGCAGGAUAUGCAAACCAUGCGACAGACAAACUAACCUGUCGUCCUGUAUGUGAGCCUAGUUGUCUCAACGCGACUUGCAUUUCACCGAACCACUGUUUAUGUGCCCCCGGUUACAUUAAAACAAAGAACGCAUCUGUUUGUAAACCGAAAUGCGAUUAUUGCACGAAUGGGGAUUGCAUUGGACCUAAUGUCUGUAGUUGCCAUAAAGGGUAUGUAAUGAUAGGUAAAAAAUGCAAGCCAGUUUGCUCGAAAACUUGCGUCAACGGAUUCUGCUCGGAACCAGAUAAAUGCACGUGUCUCCCAACUUACAUCAUAGAUGACAACGACAAGUUUAACUGUAAACCCGAAUGUGCGGAUUGUGAGAAUGGCAAAUGUACUUCCCCUGGUCGGUGUUUCUGCAAUGAAGGAUAUGAAAGACGCAAUGGUAAAUGCAUACCUUUUUGCUCAGAACCGUGUAUAAAUGGUUAUUGUAAGUCACCUAACCAGUGUGGUUGCCACGACGGCUACAAAAUGAACUAUACUAUGGAUUCCGCAGUUUGUUAUAAACCAUGCCUGAAUCCUUGUGAUAACGGAAUCUGUAAUAUCAAUGGAGAAUGUAUUUGCACUUAUGGUUACAGCAAUGAUACUGGAUGCCUUGAGAAGAAUAACGAAACGAUCGAUUGUAAAAGCUGCAAAGGAAACUGUACGGAUGAGGUUUGCAAGUGCCCGGAUGGCCGAACGUGUGAAUUGGUUAUUAAAGCUCAGAGAACAGGGUUGGCUGGGCUGGAGUUGACAUGGAUCCUGGGCGCAUGUAUCGGAGGACUCCUCUUCAUCUUUGUCAUCGCAAUCAUGGGACAGAUGUGGCGAAAAAGACCGAACGCUAAAACAACUUAUGCCGAAGAAAGCCGGAACGGUAGCGUUGGAUUCACGGCGCCUGGUACAUUAAUCUUCAACGACAAGAAAGCUGAUGAAGAUCGGUACAGCAGUUUCGACAAAGAAUACGACGACGAAGAAGAAGAUAAAAACGAACAGACAACAGAAGGACUUCUUUAUGGCGAUGUUAGGUAUGAAGACGAAAAAUUGUAAAUUUCACAAAGAUCUUGCUAAUACUAAUUUAAUCAGAUGUAGCCGAGUUGUUUAUGUACAUUUGUAACUACAUUUCACAAGUGCGGGUUGGGUCGGAUAAAAAAAAAUGGUUAUCAGUUCGGUGCAUUGAGAAACAUGCUCAUACUGUCUCGCAGCGCUGUAUAUGUAUUUAUGUUUACUGAAAAAAACAAUCUGAUAAGAACCUUAAAUUCGUUCAGCUGUUUAAGAGGCGCCAUUUUUUCAAUCCAAUUAAAAACUUUCGAUAUAGGACACAAAUUCAUAUUCAUUUAUUUGCUGAAAACAUGACAAAAUAUUGUAUAUAUCAAAUCUUAAAGUAUAUUAAUAUAUUAAACAUGUCCACCACUUAAUUACAAAUAUAAUUAAAUUAAUAAAAAAAAAAUUUAAGAAUGGCAUCAUCAUUAUGGUUACCCAUUGCCAGGCCACUUCAGGACACGCAUCUUCUCCCACAAUGAGAAGGGUUUUGGCCGUAGUCCACCACGCUUUCCCAGUGCGGAUAUGCGGACAGUUGGAUAAAUAAUGUCAUGUAGGUACGUUUUAUUGGCAUUAAUAGGUAUAUUUGGUGUAUAUCAAAAUUUAAAAUACCAAAAAAAUAAAAAUUCAAAUCUAAUGUACACCAUGUCGCUACUACGUCAUGUUGCUACGAAUUAUAAUUGCUAAAAUCAAAGAAUUAUUUUAAAGAGUAAUAAACCAUACAUAACAUUUAUCAACCAACCAGUAAUGUAACUUUUGAUAAUAUUCAAAAAAAAUUCUAAUCAUACCAUUUUUGUAAAUCAGAGCGAAGCAAACCGAUCAUCGUUGGGGCGUAAAUUUUAUAGUGACGUGAUUUGCUUCCUUUAUGUUAUCGAUACCGACAUAUCAACCCCGAGUACUGACAAUAACGAGAAGCGAAUAUUUAUUAUAUAAAUUGGGAUGUUUGACUCAUCUUCGUGCUAAUUCUCGAGAGCAUGUAGGAAUUAUUAAUAAAGUGUACACAAAAGAAACAUUCCCUGACGCAUUGGUAAGUGCUGUGGUAUUACAAGAGGAGUCCCCGGGUUCAAUACCGGGCGGGGGCUAUUUGGGAAUGGAUAAUUUCCGAAUUUUCUCUGGUCUGAUCUGGCUAGGUUACCACAUGACCGACACAGACGUGUUGCUAAGCGAUUUAGCGUUCCAGUUCGAUCGGACGGUUUCUACCGCGUAGAAUGGGGUGCCAUACCAAACAGGUGAGCCCACCACCAUUUUAGACUGCAUCAUCACUUAACACCAGAUGAGAUUGCAGUCAAGGGCUAACUUGUCGCUACAUAAAAAUACCAUUUGAUAGAAGCAGAGCGAAGAGGUGCAUUAUUAGCUCUUAUGUGUAUCUCAUGGAUUUAUUUAUUAUUUUAAUCCCAUGUCGAAAUUUGUCCGAACAUCCCGAAUUUGCCUUAAUUAAGCUUAUCUGUAUUUUGAAUAAUCGACUUCGAAAUUCGAACUGACUCUUCAGUUUGAAUUUGAAAAUCGAUUUAUAUAAUUAACUGACUCAAAAUAGACGUUAAAUUGGACAUUAAUAAACAUUAACGCUAAAUAUUUAAAUUAGUAUUCAAAAGACGUGUGACUUUUCGUAGAAAUACAACAAUGCCCUGUCAAUCUCACUACUUAUUUCAAAUUCAUAUUGCAUUGAAGAUGUAGGCAAUGAUAAAGAGUAAGAACCUGAGUAUAUUAUACGAGUAAUUUUCUAGGUUCUCUGAUGUGCAAAGUACGAUAAGGGUUGUUGAACUUUUGGCAUAUUUAUCAUAUAUGUAGUAAAAUGGCAAUAAAGUUAUGGAAAUCAUAUUAUGUGAAAUAGUGUGCGAAAAAUAUGUGAGAGAUAAGAUAAAUCUGUUUUGUACUUUUUAAAAAUCUGAGCUAUUGCGAUUUAUGUCUCGAGCAAAACCACGGUUUUCAUGAAGUACAUAGUUAAUUAGUAUGGAAGAACUCAACGAAACAUAUUAUAUUUAAAACUGUUUGCUUUAAGUAACGUAAACCUAAGGUGGUUAUACCAUGAGAUAUGUAUGACGUACACUAUUUUAUUUUGUAGCGACUUUCAAGAACAAAGCAUGCCACUACCAGUUAAUCGUAAAUAAAUACUAUUUCAUCACACCAACCCAGUACCGGCUCACUACAGAGCACGGGCCUCCUCCCACAAUGAGAAGGCGUUAAGGUCGUAGUCCACCACGCUGGACUAGUGCGGA